AUGAAAGUACAAUAUAUUGUCCAUCAAACGUUCGUUAUUUUCAUUGUUGUGAAUGGUCUUCAAUGUAUUUCUGUUCUAAUACCAUCUACUGAUACACAAGAUCAAUUCAAUACAACAAUGUGUGUUGCUUCUUCAUUUAAAAAACACAAAAAUAAAAAUAAUAUUCGAACAUGGAAAAUUCCACCUAUUAUGGCAUCAUCUUGGUCAGCAGCAACAACAUAUUAUCAUAUGUCAAAUGGUGAUACAGGUUGGGGUUAUUUUUGGUAUGAUGCAUCUCAUCAAGCAAUUCGAACUGAUUUUUAUCCAAUGUGUCCUUUUUUACAAUUAUAUCAAUCUGUUCAAAUAUGUUGUAAUUAUACAUUUCCAGCAUGGCAACCGGAUUGGUUAUGUCAAAGUAAUGCUACUUUUAAUGGAACAAUCCUUAUUAAUGGACAACUAGCAGAUUUCUGGAUGAUUGAAUGGUUUUCUAAUUUUACUGGUGAAGGACCAGUAUGUAAUAUUCGUAAUAUGUAUACUCAAGUUGAUUCACAUAUUCCAAUACAUUUUCGAGAAGAUCUUGAUACUGGUUAUAUUGAUUUUCAUGAUUAUGUUGAAGGUCCUAUUGAUCAAACAAUAUUUACAUCAGUUAUUAAUGGUUAUAGUCCUUGUCAUCAAGGUCAUGGACAUAGUGGAAAUAGUGAUAAAACAUGUACUAGAUACAAUUCAUAA